AUGGCCUUCAGCCUGGGCAGCAGUGCACCUGUCGCAGGUUCUGGUGGCGCAGAACUGGGGCCAGAAUUGCCCGAAACAAGCACCACAGAGCUUGGUUUCUUGGGAGUUGAUAAGGAUUGUCACAUUCGUUUUCUUCCAACACCGUGGCCUGCCGAUUCCCUUCCUCAGCCAACGAGCUCGUUAUUGACAGUUUCGUCUACAAAAGGACUAGUUGUUGGUGGUGGACCAAAUGGUCUUAUCAUAGCGACGACGAAGUCCGUCCGCGAUGCCAUUGCGGCUAAAGCCGAUACCGGUGUGAAAACAAAGCCUUUCCAACCUCAAGGUCAAAUUCCAUUGCCUAGCCGCCCUACACAUGUCGCAUUUUGCGCUGGAGAUAGUGCCUUAGCUGUAUCUACAGAAUCCAACAACCGGCUUUUCGUGUAUGAUUCUACCUCCCUGACUCGGGGGAACCCUCAACCUCAAAUAUCGAUCGAGACAAACGGGGCGCUUCGUGCACUGGUACCCAAUCCCGCUGCUACAGACGAACUUUCCUUUCUCGUCGCAUUGGUCACAGCAGAUGGCAAUCUUUUGGUUGCUAAUCUCAAGUCCGGGUCAUUAGUUAAGGGGCAUUCAGGGCCUAUUUUCAAGACUGGAGUGACCUCUGUUUCAUGGAGUAAUAAAGGGAAACAGAUGGUAGCAGGUUCUGCGGAUGGCACCUGUGUUCAAAUAGAUCCGCAAGGGGCAGUGAAGGCAGAGAUCCCACGACCACCCCAGUUGGAAGGCGACAAGCACGUGUCCUCCUUAUCCUGGCUGGAAAACGAUACAUUCUUCUCUGUCUAUACACCAAACCAAACCGAGGAUGAGUAUGGAUCAACACCUUCUUCGCACUUUUAUAUUAUCCAGAGACGUAAAAACGCCCCGUUUUUGUUCCAGAAACUACCAGAGAUAUGUCAGCCAUAUGGGCUUAAGCGGACCCCUGCAUAUCAUUUCAUUUCGCGGUUCAGCAAUUAUGGACCUGGCUUGCAGUGUGCUCUGGUGGUUUCCUCCACAGCUGCAAAUGAUCUUGGUCUAAUCACAAAAGCCACACCGCCACUCAAGGACGCAGACGAAAGUACUGCAGAAAUAUUCACAUCAACUUUUGUCUUAGACGACAUCAAACAGGCUAUAUUACCCUUGAAUGACAAUGCCGAAGACACUUCUACUAUCGGUCUUGGGUUUGAUUUGACUAGCACGGAAAAUGUGCUAUACGACGGAGAGAAGAUGACUCAAACACCGCUACCUAAUGUAAUGGCUCUAAAUAAUGAAGGCAUGCUUAUGUCGUGGUGGUUUCUUUAUAUGAAAGCCAUCGAGGCAGGAAUACCUUAUACUGGCGUGCCAACAACUGGUAAAACCCAACAACCGCCUUUAACACCUGCUGCCGCCCAUGCUAUUCAAGCACACCCCGCAGCUGGAUUUGGAUCUCCCCAAAGCUCACAGUCAACUUUUGGCCAGCCAUCAUUUGGACAGCCCGGCUUUGGCUCUCCAACCCAACCAAGUUCCUUUGGAAAGCCUUCUCCGCUAGGUGGAGCGCCCUCCUUUGGUACUACAUCAAGUCUAGGUGCACCUCGCCAGCCUGGCUUUGGCACGACAUCAGCACUGGGCGGUGGAGGUCCAACAUUCGGAUCAUCGACACCUAUCAAAUCUGCGGCGCCUACAUUUGGAAACACUGGAAUGCUAGGACAGAGUAGUCCUCAGUUUGGUAAAACUGGUUUCGGCGCAACAGCAGGGACUACUUCGGGGUUUGGCCAGGUCUCCAGCCUGGGUGGCAAAGGUUUUAGCUCAUUUGCCUCUCCCAGCUCAGGUCAACCAACUCUUGCGAUGGGUGCUGCCGGGAAAGGAAGUGGAUUCAGCAGUUUCAGCGGAGGCACUGGAGGGGGCUUUGGUUCUGCUAAACCAAAUGAAAGCCCAUUUGCAAAACCAACUGAAUCUCCGUUCGGGAAGCCGGUGCAGUCCGCGUUUGGAUCUUCUGAUGCCAAGUCUGCCUUCGGCGGCACUCAGACAAUAAGUGAUACCAAAGGCUCCUUUGGACCCCCUUUGGGCGGCUUUACUCUCGGCUCGACUUUUAAGCGAGAUGAGAAAGCCGCUGAGGAUAAUGAGCCUACACCUGCGAAGGCCGCUGGCGCCUUUUCGUUGGGAACAUCUUUUGGAAAUCUUUUGAACGAAGGCUCCAAACCUAGUCCAGUAGAAUCAAUGGAUGAUACUGAAGAUGCGGAGCCCCAACAACAACAAACGAAGUCCGUGUUCGGCAUUGCAUCUCCGCUUCCUAAACCCUCUGAGCCUUUGUUCGGCGCCCAGUCCCAACCGACCACGGCACCAUCAGCAGUGGCUCAAACGAACCAACCCCCUACUCUUUUUGGAAAUGGCAUUGGGAACGCUGCUUCUGCAAGCCCCUUGUCUUCUCCAUCAGAAAAAACCGUUGUGCCCAACAUGUCUUUAGAAAGCGAGAAAAGCAUCGAGGCCCCUUUACCUCCAGAUGCCACGAGCAGAGCAGUUUAUGGCCCUGGAGACACAUCGGCAUCAUCAAAUUACUCCAAGAGUUCGUAUGAGGAGCCGCCGUUACCGCCGACUUUUAUUUCGAAGAAGAGCACUCCAAAACUUGAUGUUGAUGCAGCUCCACUCCCACCGGACUUUCUUAAAAAGUCUGAAAAUACACCGAAGGUGGACGAUAUUCCACUCCCUCCAGAUUUCUUGACCAAAUCGAACAAGACUGAUAAUGCAGUCGCUGCGGCGGAAGACGCACCACUUCCCCCAGACUUUGUUCCGAAAUCAAAGAAGAAGCUAGAACCUACCGAAGCGAGCUCUCUGUCAAAAGAGGUGUCUAAUAUUACUCUUCCAACCGGUUCAGAUGGUUCAGAUGGCGAUUUUGAGGACAGUGGAGAAGAGAUAACCCAUGAUGUUAGUCCUCCAAGUGAACCGGCAGAAUCCGAGUCAGCAGGAUUCAAGACCUCCCCAGAGAGCUCCUUUGGUGGGCCCUCUUUGAAAAACUCUACUGGUGGCCUCUUUACUAAGGUAUCUUUACCCGAAACCAAGCCACAAGCACAAACCUCGCGGCCUCUAUUUGGGGAAAUCUCACGGCCGAAUUUGCCUCCACCCAAGCCUCGAAGUGGUGCAAAAACCCCUCGUUCACCGAGCCCUGUUCGACCAGGUUCAAGGAAAGAUUUUCUUCGACCUGAAGCGACCCGUUCUAUUAGUGCCCCAAGCGGCCCCGAAGGUGUCUUUGGUCGCAAGGUGACACUGGGACGGCCGACCGCAUCGAGAUUCGAAGAGCCACUCACUCAAAAUGACCUUAUCGAAGAAGAAGAAUCAAAAGCAGCAGCAGCCGAAAGCAAACGGCUUGCCUCUGAGGCACAAAACCUAUCAUCUGAUGAUGAGGAUGAACUGCGUCGCGCGGAGCUGGAGCAACCACUUUCUCCAGUUCCAACUCUAGAUCCUUUCAUGCCACGGCAAGAGUACAGAGGAGAGUCAUUCAAACCUGGAAUCCCCGGUCAGAUCGAAAGGCUUUAUCGAGAUAUCAAUUCGAUGGUGGACACACUGGGCUUGAAUUCACGAUCAAUCGCAUCGUACCUAUUACACGAAGAGCAAGAGCGCGAGUCACAUCUUGAUCAUUGGAAAGAAGUCAUGCUUGGUGACACGCCAAUGGAUAUUCUUGAUGAAAGUCUACCGGUUACCAAUAUUGAAAACAUUGGCAAGCUUCUUGUCGCUCUAGAAGAAAGUCUACAACAUAAUCGUUUACAAAGAGUGCAAGAAAAGGUCAACGAAUGUCAAAAGCUAUUAGGCCAUGAUAUUAUCAACGUUCGUGAACAGUGCGCCAGCAUUCAGAAGACUUUGGAUUCAUAUACGGAUACCGUCUCUAUUCGCUCUCAAUUUCUAUCAGCGGAGCAGGAAAGUCUACAGCAAGAUUUAAGAAAAGCUUCUGCUGAUAUACAAUCAAAGCUAACGAGCUUGGAAGAGAAUAUCUCUCUCUUGAGAGCAAGAAUUGCGGACUCAUUAAGCGCCAAUGGAUCAGUGUCUAGAUAUGCGACCAAGCGACCUACCGUUGAAGCUGUAACAUCCACUAUCACUACGAUGACGAGCAUGGCUGAGAGUAAGAGUGGCGAUAUCGAUGUCUUGGAAGCUCAAAUGAAAAAGCUGGGUCUUAGCCUUCAGGGCCCUAGCAUUCGCGACGCGUCACCAAUUUCUACACCCGUGAAGAAAACGGGCUUCAGAGUACCCGAUACUCCUGAAUCCGACGGUCGCCGCAGCUCUUACCAUACCCCUGACUCUGCUAGCCGAUUUAGAUCUAGUUUAACAGGUUCAGCGAGACAUAGUCGUCUACGCAGCGUCAAUCUUGAAUCCAAUCUUGCUUCUGAAUUAGGCAGUGAGGAACGGAAAGCACGAACUCGGCGCCGAAGGGAGGUUGUUGGAUAUUUUAAAAACGCGAUUGGAGAGAAAAAGAUAAAAGUGCGGACUAUGGAUGAUGUGUAG